AUGUCUUCAGAGUCAGAAAAGGAUAAAGAGAGGUUGACUCAAGCUGCCAAAACAUUCUUCUUCCAAAUGCAAGAAAUUUCUUCCUUGACAAAAACCUUCACUGAAAUGUUUAACAAAGGUAUGCAUGCUCAGAUUAAUCUGGGACCUGAGAAAGAAGAACGUUUUGUUAAAGAUGUCUUUGAACAAAUUCUCAAAGUCUUUAAGGAGAUGCAAAGUGUACUGGACCACAAAACGCAAUCUUUGAGUUCCAGUGUUUCAGCUGCUGUUGACAAGGUUAGCAGUCUAAAGGCGAUUCCUCAGAAAGCCAAAGAAAUGUUAAAAACGGCACCAACCAUUGCUCCCAUACUGAAUACUGGGAGUAGCAUCUUUAUCAAUUUGGAGUCUACUCUUGCACUCCUAAUGGAAUAUCCCAUCAUGAAUCUUAAAUUAGUUGAUGUCUAUAGAAAAGAGAUCCAAGAACCAGCGGGCGCGACCACCUCUAAGAAGUCCGAAGGAUCAGAGUCACCACAAACCGUUACAAAAGAUACCCUGCAAACUUUGCAGGAGACGUUGAAAAUAGAGACCGCAGAGAAUAGCACGGCCUCCACUGCGGAUCAGUUAGAGCAAAUUACUAAGAAUCUGGGAACAAUCUUACAGCUCCUCCAAACAGCCAUCCAGAGUAUGGAAAGCUUAAUUUCUAUGUAUUCGAAGGCAAAUUAA